CCGGAAGGGGCGGGGUACUCUCACCUGUAUUUGACCUGGUGAUCAACUCAGUACUGCCCUGAAGAAAAGUAUAGCUCUCUAAUCUUUGAACCAAGAUGGCCUCCUCGACAGACUCCCACGGCUCCCCUCCGCCAGAUGACCUGCACUUCGACACCCUGGCAGUGAUGGCACGCCCUCCUGCGGUCAGCACCAGGCCCAUCGCUCCGUCCAUCGAAACUACCUCCACUUACGUCAUGGACACUGUUGACGAGUAUGUCCACAAGUUGGAGAAUAAAGGAUACAUCUACAGUCGUCAUGGAGGCCCCACCCAGGAUGGUGCGGCCUAUUCCAUUAACCAGCUGGAGGGGGGUUACGGCACCCUGGUGUUCUCCAGUGGCAUGGCAGCAGUCAGCACUGUUCUGCUGUCUCUACUAAAGGGAGGAGACCACGUUAUUUGCCAGAUGCCAGUUUAUGCAGGCACCAUGAAAUUCCUACAGAGGGCAAUGCUGAAGUUUGACGUGGAGGUUACGUGGGUGAAAGCAGGCACUGUGGAGGAAUUUGCCAAAAAUAUCAAGGACAACACCAAGGUGAAGUAUCAUCUCACCUUGUGA